AUGCCAAGGCCCAUGACACCUGUGACAGCUUCACGCUACGACUCGUGUGCUCCGUCAGGUCCCAUGCAGCAAAAGGCCCACGCAGUUGGCACACCAUUGAAUACGGCCGUCUGCAUGACAGCCCGUAGAGCACACACCCAGAAGCGAACCAGGCCCCUGCAGCGCGAGGCUUGCACGCCCCCACCGCCGUCCCUUGCCCCGGUUCACCACCUCGACGCCUGUAAAGGGCAACGAUCCGCUCUCUGCUCGAGCCAUGCCGACGGCUUAGGCUCCCCGGUUGCCACGGUCAACGCCUUCAAUCAAUCCGGAGCUGCUCUCCCGCACUCCUGCACCGCUUCGGGCUCUUCUACUGGCCCGAUGCUCCAAUGUUCAAAGGAUCCCAAGCCAUUAGCUGCGGCACUGCAAGCCGCUCGUCAAAUCCCUCGAGCCUGCAAAGGAAAAACGCAACCUAUGGCUGCGCGCGCUCCAUACAGAGCUCUUGGCUGUCAUUUUCCCCGACAAGGGACAUCAAUCUUCACUACGUGGGGUGUUUGCACUAGCCCAAUUCAGACCCCCAUCAAGACCCAUGGGCCCUGCAGUAGCUGUGAUGUAUUGGGCAUCUUGCAGCUCACCACGCCGACCUGA